ACACCAACCAUGUCCACAAUUACAAAGAGAGAGUUGAGUUCUAUUGAAGAAGAGAGUGAAUUGAGACGAGGCCCUUGGACUCUUGAAGAAGAUAGCUUACUCAUACACUAUAUUGCUCGUCAUGGUGAAGGUCGUUGGAAUAUGUUAGCCAAAAGUGCAGGAUUGAAGAGGACUGGAAAAAGCUGCAGACUCAGAUGGCUGAAUUAUUUGAAACCAGACAUUAAGAGAGGGAACCUUACUCCCCAAGAGCAACUGUUGAUCCUUGAACUCCAUUCCAAGUGGGGUAACAGGUGGUCAAAAAUUGCUCAGCAUCUGCCAGGAAGAACAGACAAUGAGAUUAAGAACUAUUGGAGGACAAGGGUACAGAAACAGGCACGUCAACUUAACAUUGAGUCUGGUAGCAAGAGGUUCAUUGAUGCUGUCAAGUGUUUUUGGAUGCCAAGAUUGCUUCAAAAGAUGGAACAGAACACUUCUCCAAGCUCUCACUCUUCCAUGACAGAUAUGAUGAAUUUUGGGAAUUCAGCAGAAGCUUCGAUGAGUUCGAUGUCAACCAGCUUCAAUAUUCCUUCUAUAUCUUCAUCAUCAUCUCCUCCACAAAGGGAACUUAUAGAUGCUGCAAAUCAUUUUAGUACUAUGUCCAACCCCAGCAAUCCAUCCCCGGAUUCAUUCCAAUUCUCACAGCAACUUGAAAUGUCAGAACACCCCAAAAGUCCUCUCAAUGUGUUUGAGAACAAUGUUUAUAAUAGCUAUCCAAUUCAGGACUGUGGCUAUGUUGAUAUCAAUAACUAUGGCAUGGAAGGCCUAAACCUGGAUCCCUUGUCAGCAAUGGAAACUUACGAUUUUCCACAGUUUGAUUUUCAGACUGCAGGGAGUGGCUGGUUGUUAGACAACAUGGGUGAUACUUUAUGGAACAUGGAUGCUAUAUGA